AUGUCAAUUGUCUUCAAUGCUAGUUGGGUCAAGAUCCUCAAUCCCAUCGGCGAGGGUGCUUUUUCUCGUGUGUAUGAGGGAAUUUACACCAACCCCGAUACGCUGGAGGAAAGCGUUGUCGCUGUGAAGAUCUUGAAGAAGAAUAUGCUGAAGCGGAGGAACAUUGUGGCCUGUUACGGCAUUGGCAAGUACGACGAUGAGGACGACCAGAACCCUGGGUCGCUGUUUAUCGUACAGGAGCUCGUACGUGGCGGCAACCUGCUGCACAAGGUUUACAAGCAGAUGCUCAACCGCCACAAGUGUGUGUACACGAGUGCCGAGGCCCUGGAGUGGUUGUGUGACGUGGCGGCCGGAAUGCAGUACCUCCACUCGACCAGCGACAUCAAGCCCAUGAUCAUCCACCGGGAUCUCAAGCUGGAGAACAUCAUGUUGAUGCCGGAUGAGGGCCCCACGGGCACGGUGGCGAAGCUGGUGGACUUUGGUCUUCACAAGGUGAUUGACGACCGGAUCAAGAAGGUGGUGAAGCGCGUCAUGUCGGAGGCCAACAUGGGCGGCAUGCUAGCCCGCCGCCAUAUGCAGCAGCAGGCGGCUGAAGGAGAGAUUGGCGAGGAGGAGGACGAGUUGGAGGCCGCACUCGCACAACAGCGCCGGGAACAGGCGGCCAUGAUGAUGGCCACUGCAGCGGGGCACGGAGGGGCGGCGGCGGCGGCGGCGGCGGCUGCCAACAGCGGCGGCGGAGCCGGCGGCGGCGGUGGCAGCCCCUCCGGGGCUGCCGGCGGCGACGCUGGCAGCGCGAGCGCGAUGCCGGCUGUGAGUGAGGAUGGUGAGGAGGAGGAGGCUGUGGAGGGUCCAGCAGCAGGGGCAGGGACGGGGGUGGCCGGAGGGGCUGCGGCGGGGCAGGGCGAGGCUCGCAACGGCUCCUUCUCCAGGUCGCCGCUGGGUCGACCCGCUCAGCCCGCCAUACCGGAGGACGGCACAGCAGUGGAUGUGACCGAGGACCCGGUACGCCGGCUGCGGGCGCCCCCCAAGAAGCAGAACUCGAUGCAGAAGCUGAUGGCGAAGAUGAAGGAAAUCAAGCUGCGAGUGACGGGCAAGUUGCCGGCGGACGGUACCUCGGCGGCGGAGGGGAUGGCGCCCGGCGGUGCCGCCACAGCUGCAUCCGCCGCGGCGACGGCCGGCGCCGCUGGCGCGACGGCCGCCAAGCCCGCGGCCGCCGGUGUGGGUGGCGCGGGUGAGGAGGCGGCGGGUGGUGGUGGUGACCUGAGCGCAGAGGCACGGGAGAAGCAAGUCAAGAUGGCGCAGAACGAGGCGCUGCUCAACAAAUUGAUCCAGCAGCAGAACUCGACAAUGGCGGCGGCGGAGAAGGCGCAGAUUAUGGACGACUUGGGCAUUGUUGCGGGCCCGGCUGCCACGGAGAGGAAGAGGGCACCGCCGCGCCGCGCCGUUACCUGGGUUAACGAAGUCAGGUACAACUUGACGGAGGCGGUUGGGUCCUGGGCCUACAUGGCGCCGGAGGUGGUGCUCGGCCAGCCGUACAACGAAAAGGUUGACGUGUUCAGUUUUGGAGUCAUCCUAUUUGAGGUUCUCAACCGGAAACUGAUGUUGGUUGACGAGAUCAAGAACGACCCGCGCAAGGACGCCCAGGCCUAUGCUGAGCGAGUCGCCCGGGGUUUCCGCCCCGAGAUCCCCCGCCGGUGGCCCGACCAGCUGCGGGAGCUGAUCACGUUGUGCUGGGCCCAGGACCCGCACCUACGCCCCAACUUCACAGCGGUGGUGGACAUGUUGGAGGAGGUGGUCAACAGCGGCUGCGUCUCCAAACUGGACAUCAUGUACUGGAGCCGACCCGGAGGCUUCGCGUAA